AAAAAAACUUGCGUUUAUCCUAAUUUUCUUUUGAGUAGACAGAAAGAGAGAGAGAGGGGAAGUGAUUUGCAGUUUUGAGGAAGCUGUUGGGUUUCUCAGCUUUGCUUCUAUAAUAAACAAAAACCUGAAGGAAGUUAGGCCAACAGUUAGCUUCCCUCCAAACCAUCUGAUUCUCUUGGAACCAAAGCAAACCCCUUUUGCAGUUUGAUUCUUGGUCACCAUCUGAUACCCAAGCCUCACCUUCUUCCUGUCUUAUUCAUCCAAUAGUUUGCUUUCUAUUGGGGCUCUAUCCAUAAAUACCCAAUAGAGGUUUUCUAGUUGUGUCAUAUGGUGUUGUGGUUUCAGGUUGUUCACUUAAGGGAGUGUUCUUGAAGUUGUGAGCUUUUUCAAGCUAAGAGGUAUAUAAAGCUUCAAUAUCCACAAUACUUGGCCACAGCUGCCACACCUUCUAGGUGUUUGCAUAUAUGCUUAGCCCAGAUGAAUUUUCAUGAUUAUUCAGGUUUUUCGAUCAAAACCCUGUUGUCAAUUGUCCAGCUUUGUUUUUCUUAUUUGACAAAAGUUCAUGCUAUCAUAAAGACUAUUUGAAAGCUUGAAUCUUGCUUGGAUCAAUACAAGUUUUGUGCCAAUGAAUAACCGUUACUUUUUUGCAACGGAUACCUCGUGUAAUUCAAGUUCUGCAGUUCCAUCAAUUUCUUCACCUGAAGAAGAAGAUCCUAUGGUUUUAGAGGCACCGAAUGGUCCUUCCCGUGCCCCGCCUCCUUCGUUCUUGAUAAGAUUGGCCAUGAGGGUAUCUAGAGCAAGGUGGUUCACCUUCUUAAGGAGGGUUUUCCACUAUCAGAAUGGAUCAAGAUCCAAUCUUGGGUCGAACCCUUUCAAUUCCAGUACUUGGAUGAUGCUUGAAUUGAUAGCUUUAGUUGUUCAAAUAAGCAUCACAACCUUCACCGUGGCUGUUUCCAAGGGGGAGCAGCCUGUUUGGUCUAUGCGAAUUUGGAUUGUUGGUUAUGAUAUUGGCUGUGUCCUUAGUCUGCUGCUGCUCUAUGGACGUUGCCGGCAACUUUAUGUUCCUCAAGGAGAUGGUCUUAGCCUUGCUGAUUUGGAGCAACAGAGAAUCAGUGAAGAAUCAAGGAAUUCACAUUUGAUGAACAAGUGCCGGACUUCAUUGGAGUUGUUCUUUGCUAUAUGGUUUGUGAUGGGUAAUGUCUGGGUGUUUGAUUCUCGCUUUGGAUCAUUCAAUCGAGCUCCAAAGCUUCAUGUGCUCUGCAUCUCUCUUCUUGCUUGGAAUGCUCUCUGCUACUCAUUCCCAUUUCUCUUGUUUCUACUGCUAUGUUGUUGUGUGCCACUCGUUAGCAGCUUGCUCGGUUACAACAUGAACAUGGGUUCUGCUGAAAGAGGAGCUUCCGAAGAUCAGAUUUACGGGCUACCCAGUUGGAGAUACACAGAAGUUAAUACCAAGUUAGCACUUGACAAUGAUGUUGAGUCCAAUUCAACUGAUGAUCCAGAAUGCUGUAUUUGCCUGGCCAAGUACAGAGCAAAGGAAGAAGUGAGGCAGUUGCCAUGUUCUCAUAUAUUUCACCUCAAAUGUGUGGAUCAAUGGCUCAAAAUCAUUUCUUGCUGUCCACUGUGUAAACAAGAAUUGGAGAGAUAG